CUUUCCCAGGACGCAUGAGAGAUGGUUAAGGAGCGGAGGCUGGAAAAAUGCACUAAAAUCCAAAAGAACUUUAAUAUUUUACAGCCCUUUUGACACCGACUGGGUUUAUUUUGAGAUAUUUGGUAGAUAAGGGAGUCUUGUUUUGUUUUUGUUUUUGUGGUGUGUAUUAUAUGUUACUUUUGUUUAUAACUCACAACUUAGCUGCGGCAGCUUUAGAGUAGGACUUUUUUUGUGACCCUAAUACCUAAUGAAGAUGUGGUCGAUGAAGGUCAUCAUCCUCCUGCUGUUCUGUUAUGCUUGCCUUUCAACUGGUGGAGGGAAAGUGUAUUUUGUCUCCAGGAACUUUUUCAACAUACUCCACUGGGACCCAGUGCAGCCGGACCUCCCUGGGGAAAAGGUUCUCUAUAGCGUCUCGUACUGGAGUGAUACUAUGGAGACACCAUCAUACCAGAAAAAAAAGGAGUGUCAGAACAUCACUGCUCUGUCCUGUAACCUGACUGCAGAAACCCCAUCGCUUUACGACGUUUACUACCGAGCUCAGCUGUAUGCUAACAGUCGAGUGUAUAACCACACCAUCACGUUUAAACCUCUAGCUCACACUACUUUUGGUCCACCCAUCUUGUCGACCUACACAACAGCGUCAUCCUUGCAUGUUAACGUCAGCCUGCCCUUGGGACCAAAUGGAGUUUCUGUUGGCGACAUCAUCACAAGCAGCAAAAAGGGGCCCAACAAAGCUGAAACUGUUUAUAUCUUAAAAAUCACCCACCCAACAUGGGCUGCACUGGCCAAUGAAACCAAAACUGGCCAGUUCGUCAUCAACCUGAAGAAAGCCCAGACAGAGUACUGCGGCUACGUGUUUUACAAACCUAAUUCUGAAUUGGGUCGCCCAGUGAGUGAAAGAGCCUCUUUCUGUGUCACACUGCCAGGUGAUCCUCUGAAGCUUUUGCCAUGGCUUCUCGGAGUCGCUGCUCUAGUGACGGCCAUAAUCAUAACGUCAGCUGUGUUUAUGUGCAACUAUGUGAAGGGUGGAAAGGACAAGAGCAUGCCUCAGCUAUUGGUAACCACUUUCAACACCACAUCCAGAGUACUGAAUCCAGAUCGGAAUAUCAUCAUUUCCAAACCAGAGAUCUGCGUUCAAAGUGAACAUACAGUUUACGCAACAAUCCGGACGAAGCCAAAUAUGCCCUCAGUUGGGACUGGAGGUUAUUCCCCGCAGGACAUCCUGUGCACAUCCCAACAAGGCAGCACUGGCUCCUCUGUGGGGACAGGUGCACAUACUCCAACCCCAAAUCAUGGAGACAUGAGUGCCCAGUCCUCUGAAAUCUACAGUGUAGUGGCUGUCCAUGUCCCUUCUGAACAUAAUGAAGACUUCCAGCAGGCUCCUAAUGACAGAGAAACCAGUAACCUGCCAUUUCCCUCCAGUGGAAACAGCUGUGAUAUAGGUCGAAUGAGUCCAAAGCUGACCUCACAAGGAGAACCACCGUUACCUGAUCUGGACCCUUGUGAAAACAACCUAUCCAGGCCACUGCUGUUGCAAGCAGUGCGGGACAUCAACGGACAACUCACGUUGCCUUCACUUGCUCUUCAGUUAAAGAGCAGCACAGGUGACACAGUAUCACCCUUCAACUCGGAAAGAAAACCACUUUUAUCUGACCUCAUAGACUCCAGGGAUGGGCCAUCGUUGUCAUCCUUGCAGAGCUUUGAAGGCUCAGAGUUGUCAGAUUCGGGGUGUGAUGAUAGCACUGUGAACACACCAACCCAACCAUACUGCAACACUAAUUAUUGCCCAUCUCAACCAGUUGCUCCUUACUUUCAGCAGGGAUGUCAGGUCACACCUUCUAGCGACUCAGGUUACAAACAAAACUGGAUUCCUGCAACGCUUCUUGAAAGUACAUCAAAAGACUGUUGUGAACACAGAAGGACAAACCAUCCGUGGACCUGGACGGCUCCCAAAACACAGGACGAAGGUGAGGAAGAUGAAGACAGAGGAGGAGAGGAGAGAUCAAGGCAAUUUCUUCUGGGAGGUUGGGGGUUACAAAUUCAAGAAUGAAUCUAAAGACUUAAAUCUAGCUUUUUUUCCUCAUUUGCAUUAAGGACGCUUCAUCACAGUUCCUGUUUUAACCAAACAUGGAGGAGAUCCAUGGGAGCACUGACAGGUGCUUUAGUGACAAUAAAGACCUCAGUGGCUUUGCUGUUAGCUGUGUGGCUGAUGAUACAGAGACAGCUGUUUAAAUUCUCCUUAAGUGUACUCAAAACCUAUCCUCAGUCAUAUUUAACAACCACAUCUGGAACUUUAAAUACAUUUCAUGUCACAGAUGUAUGCUUUGCUGUGAAUCUGUUUUAUUUAUUACUUAACAUUUGUAAAAUGUCAAAAAUCAGUAAGGAUUGUUCUAAAUUGAGUUUACGUUUAAAGACCUUGUUGUAAAUACACUGUAAA